AUUAGCAUCAUCGAAGAACACCCUUUCGUAUUAGAAUCAACAGUAUCCCUUAGACCGUCCACACCAGGCUGUGCUUAUAGAAUUUAUCCGCUGGAACAUAUUAUUCAGCAUGUCGGUACAAGAACUCAGAUUAAAGGGCAACGAGAAAUUCAAAAAUUGCAACUAUCCAGGAGCUUUAAUCCACUAUACGGAGUGUCUGAACCUUGAUUCAAACGCUUACGCAAUCUACUGCAAUAGGGCGGCCGCCUUGAUCAAACUGGAUUGCAUGAAGGAAGCAGAAGAGGAUCUGAUCAAAUCCCUGGAAAUCAACCCAGACUACGUCCCCAGCUUGUGCAGACUUGGGUUCCUUUACUUGUACGAGGGAAACACUGUUAAGUCACUGGAAAACUAUGUGAGAGCCGUCCAAGUUUGUGCUGGAGAACCACACCAACUCGACAAAUUCAAAGGUCGCUUGAAAGAGGCAGUCCGUUUGGCAGAAGGUCGCGCAAAACAACAGGGCUAUUCUCAGAGCUACAUUGACAGCAUCAUCCCGUCCACAGUGAGAGCAAUUCUGGACAAUUACAGAGGUUUGGCGAGCGAAGACACCGGACACAGUACAGUGUCAAGUAAUCCUACAAAUCAAUCGGGAGAGUCGUCAAUACCUCGUGGGCGCACUUUUGCCACGGCAAUCACGGGCACGCCGAUGUCUUUGGCCAGUCUUUUUGGCCAGGGACCAAACCGUGGGGUGAACACCUCGAUCAGGGUCGAGACGGGGCAAACAUCACGUGACGAGAAUCAGGCGGACAGAAUGGACGAGGAUCCAGAGGUGGAUAUUUCCGACGUGGAAACUACUCAUCGGCAGAUACACGAGAGGGUCCAAAACUUCAUGAGGCAACAGCAGGGCCAACCUCUGCAGCCGAUGGCGCUGGCACGGAGCCUUGCAUCUACCAUUACGUCUCAAUUCCAGAACGAGCCUCAAGGAGGGAAUCUAGCAGACCAAAUGGCUCGCGGAAUUUCGAAUUUCAUGGGGCAGACGCAGAUUGAACCACAGCAGUCCGAGCCAGCGCAAUCAUCGACCGGAGACAACCUGCAUGAGAUGGGCGAGCUCCAAGAGGAUUUGGACUGAGUGUAUAAUAAUAGUGUAACGUUGGCUGUAUCAAUUAAUCAUAUUUAAAUCAGCUCAGAUGUUUCCAGAUCUCUUCAACUGAACGUAAGCAGCAAAAACAGGGAUACCAAAUCCAAUAGCUUGUUGUUAGUGACGGGGCCACGAAAGAGUUAAACACUUACCAAAAAACAAGAAAUGUGGAAUGGCGUAUGGAAUUCUUCUGUUGUGAACUUUGAAAGGCAAGUUAGUGUAUGGGCCCUCUGGGAAGUGGUGGCCAUUAAGCUUGGCCACCGAGGACGAAAAUUGUCUGGUGCUCUGUCUGGACUCUCUUGCA